ACUCUUUGUGACCCCAUGGAUUGUAGCCCGCCAGGCUUCUCUGUGGGAGUUUUCGGGCAAGAAUACCAUAGUGGCUUGCCAUUUCCUCCUCUAGGGGAUCUUCCUGACCCAGGGACCGAACCCGAGUCUCCUGCAUCUCCUGCACUGACAGGCAGAUUCUUUACUACUGAGCCACCGGGCUUUCAAGAGAGGCGAUUCCUUCCCUGUGGUCCGCUUCUCGGAGGUUCAGUUCGCAGAGCGCUUCAUUUCCGCAAGGGUAAUAUCAAAAUAUACGUUCCUAAAACCUCACUGAGUUCACCACCUUGGACAGAAGUUGUUCUGCCAGACCCCGUGGAGGAGGCCAGACACCACGCAGAGGUUGUGGAGAAGGUGAACGAGCUCAUCGCCAGGGGCCAGUACGGCAGGCUCUUCGCCGUGGUGCACUUUGCCAGCCACCAGUGGAAGGUCACCUCUGAAGACCUGAUUCUAAUUGAGAACAAGUUAGACAUUGCCUGCGGAGAGAGGAUUCGGCUGGAGAAGGUCCUGCUGGUUGGGGCCGACGACUUCACGCUCCUCGGCAGACCCCUGCUCGGAAAGGACCUUGUCCGAGUAGAAGCCACGGUCAUCGAAAAGACAGAAUCGUGGCCAAGAGUCAACAUGAGAUUUCAGAGAAGGAAAAACUACAAAAGGAAGAGAAUCAUCGUGAACCCGCAGACUGUCCUCCGGAUAAACACCAUUGAGAUUGCUCCCUGUCUGUGUUGAUCGUCCAGCUGAUAUUUAUAGAAAUAUAAAAAUAAAUCUGUUUUCUGAGGAGA